GCCUCUGCCUCGCCCUCAAAACGACUGCAGAGUCCGCGGACAGGCGCUCGGGGCUCGGAGAGCCUCUGCGUCCCUAAAAGUGUCUGAAGACUCCCUCACACCGAGCCUCCAUCCCUGCCAAGGUGCCUCCGCUCAGCCCCAGCCCGGCUUCAGACUCGUCAAAACUACCGCUCCCAGAGUGCAUCGCGGGAACCUAGCGACUCCGCGAGUCAGGUGACUGGGGUCAGGUGACUUCGGGCCCGUCCUCCAGCAGACCUGGCCGGACCGGGGAAGCGGGUACUGCCCGAAGCAUCUCCUACGUCUCGUGGGUCGGUCCCAGAGCCUCCGAGGAUCUCAGCUCUUUGAAAUUGAGGAACAUGAUAAGGAGUUGGCUGAUUGUUUUUAUCCUUUUCCCCCUGACGCUCAUAGAGAAAUGUGAGUCGACGGUCAACCUUGCUGUUCCUCCCACGGUGAAGCUGGAAAAUGGGAGCUCAGCCAAUGUCCGCAUCGCCCUUCAGCAUCCCCUAAAUGCAACCUUGGUGAUCACUUUUGAAAUCACAUUUCAUUCAAAAAAUAUCACUAUCCUUGAGCUGCCAGAUGAAGUUGUGGUGCCUCCUGGAGCGACAGAGUCCUCUUUUCAAGUGACAUCUCGAAAUGUGGGACAAAUUACUGUUUUUCUGCACAAAAAUCAUUCCAGCCAAAUCGGCCCAAGGAUACGCUUCUUGGUGAUCCGCAGCAACGUCGUCAGUGUCAUAAACCAGGUGGUUGGCUGGAUCUACUUUGCCGCCUGGUCCAUCUCCUUCUACCCGCAGGUGAUCAUGAACUGGAGGCGGAAAAGUGUUGUUGGUCUGAGCUUCGACUUCGUUACCCUGAACCUGACGGGCUUCGUGGCCUACAGCGUGUUCAACGUUGGCCUCUUCUGGAUGCCACACAUCAAGGAGCAGUUUUUCCUCAAAUACCCGAAUGGAGUGAACCCUGUGGCCAUUAACGACAUCUUCUUCAGCCUGCACGCCGUGGCCCUCACCCUGGUGGUCCUGGUGCAGUGCCUCCUGUACGAGCGCGGCGACCAGCGGGUGUCCUGGCCCGCCAUCGGCUUCCUGGUGCUCUCGUGGCUCUUCGCGCUCAUCAUCAUGAUUUUGGCCGCAGUCGGGGUAAUCACGUGGCUGCAGUUUCUCUUCUGCUUCUCCUACAUCAAGCUCGCGGUGACACUGGUCAAGUACUUUCCGCAGGCCUACAUGAACUUUGUCUACAAAAGCACCGAGGGCUGGAGCAUUGGCAACGUGCUUCUGGACUUCACUGGGGGCUGCUUCAGCCUCCUCCAGAUGUUCCUCCAGUCCUACAACAAUGACCACUGGACACUGGUCUUUGGAGACCCAACCAAGUUUGGACUCGGCAUCUUCUCCAUCUUCUUCGACAUUGUCUUCUUCAUCCAGCACUUCUGCUUGUACAGAAGGAAACCCGGGUAUGAGCAGGUGAACUAGCACCUAGGACACCAGUGUCAGUGGCCCGGGCCCUGUGCCCAAUCAGGAGGCUGGAGAGCAGCCUGGAGUGCAGGGCUGGCUCGGUGUGCAACAUCGGAGAAGCGUUCUCUUCCUCAGGGCCCAACACCUUAAACGUGAACCAGCCUGCCUUCGUCCAGGACUUUCCAGGGCCGGGGAGAAACCUCCCUCUGAGACAGACGCCUGACUCUGCUGCGAGAUUAAAAGGCUGGCUGCUGGCGGCCCCUUGGGUCUUACUGGCAGUCACCUGGCCCCCCCUGCGACUUGAUGCUGCCAUUUCUAUUUUCUUUAAGGCUUCAGGCAGCACCCACAGGUACUGAGAGCCAUGCCAAGCAGGACUGGACGCGGAGCUGGGAGCAGGCCUUGCCUCAAGCAACCAGUGUUUCUGGGAGCAGCUUGAAGGACUGAACUUGCAGCUUUGGUGCCACUGCUGUUCCCAGAGACCAAGCAGCCAGGUGCUGUGGCCAGUGGACUGAGGGGUGCUGUGCUGGUGGCAGAGGGGCUGGGACUUUGGGGUUAGGCCUUGGGUCCCUUCUCUGAGUCUGAACACCCACCUUCCUGACACUUAUUCUACAUAACCCAGCUUCCACGACUGCAGGCACAGGGGGCCUGGGCCAGCGCCUAGUAAAGAAACAGUAUUUCUGGGUCUUGAGGUGCCAGCACCCUGUGGUUCUGAACUGGGCUCACUCCCAACAGCCUGUGGCUCUUUAUCACACUAACACCCCUUUUGGCUUUUUGGGAGGGAUGUUUUGGAAGUGAGUGGCUGUCUGCCUACCUCCACUUUCCAGUCAGGCCCGCGUGAAACCCUCAGCUGCUCCUUCCCCUGUGUCUGGAUACAGGACACACACACACUCACUCACUCCGUGCCUGAGAGGCCUGUUGGACCCGCCAAAUGGUGAGCUCCCCUCACUUCCCCCAGACCUGAGACUCGCCAAUUUUGGGCUGUUCAGUAGCCUCGGAGAAGGACUUGAGACCACCUCACAUAAGACCCAUGGGCCAACCGUGAUCCCAAAUCCCCUUCCCUCCAAACCCAACCAGUUGACACCAGAUGGCAGCCUCUGGAAACAUGCCUUGUACGUGCCUUGAGAUUGUCUAUCCACUCUCCAACUUUUUACUACAAGUUCAAUGAGGGGCCUGUAUCCUGGAUUAAAACCUGUUUCCUUUUGUGCGCCGA